GGCAUCUCGUCAGAUAUCUUGAAAUGCGUUGGUGAAGACAAAAAGUACAUGCGAGAGUGCAUUUUAAAUGCCGUAGUGUCUUGGCUUGCUGACAUUCAUCCUGAUAGAAUGGAGCAAAUUCAAGAUCUCGAGAAUGAUGUCAUGAGAUACUUUGGAGAGGAUUUGCAUGGAAGUCUGUUAAGUGCAGACUUAAAGAAUCACGGUCAGAAGGCUCUUCCAUCCAUGGGAAGGGAAAUUGUCGAAGUAUUGGAUAUACUAUUCAGGUGGAUUGCUUUGAGGUUUUGCGAGUCCAAUACAUCUUGCUUAUUAAAGGUUGAUCCAAGUACAAUUCUUGGUCCCUCCCAUGGGACGACUAUAGUUUGGAUACGAUCUUCUCCCACUGAGCUACUACUUGUAGCAGUAGAUUCCCGUGGGACGCGAAAAGAUAGAG